GAAAAGAAGUGAAGUACGUCUGCAAACUGCAUGCCGUCAGUCAGUGCAACAUUACGAGCAUGUCGACUAAAGGAGAGUAUGACUGCAUAGUGAUCGGGGCAGGUGUCCAGGGCUCCUUCACGGCCUAUGAGCUGGCAAAAGAGAACAAGAAGACUCUGCUGCUGGAGCAGUUCAUCCUGCCCCACACUCGAGGGAGCUCCCAUGGCCAGACCCGCAUCAUCCGCAAAGCCUACGAGCAGGACUUUUACACCCACAUGAUGGAGGAGUGCUACAAGCUAUGGGCUAAUCUGGAGAGGGAGGCGGGUGUCAAACUUUACAGACAAACAGGACUCCUGGUGAUGGGACCAGAGAACAGUCAGAGUUACCAGCUGUUGAAGAACACCCUGCAGAGGAACAAGGUUCCUAUGGUGACCCUGACACGUGACAACUUCAGCCAGCACAUCCCCCAUGUCAACCUCGCUGAGGGAGAUGAAGCUGUGGUGGACAUAACUGCUGGAGUUUUGUAUGCAGACCGUGCCCUCAAGACUGUACAGGGGCAGUUUCAAAAGUUUGGUGGGGUCAUAAGAGACAAAGAGAAGGUAACCGACAUCAAGCCUGGCCCUGUUGUGACAGUGUCAACCUCUGCUGGUGUUUACCAAGCCAAGAGUGUGGUGAUCACCGCUGGACCCUGGGCUAAUAGACUGCUGGCCCACACUGGCUUACAUUUGCCACUAGAGGUGGUGAAGAUCAAUGUGUGCUACUGGAAAGAAAAGGUUCACGGAUCAUAUGAUGUGAAACAGCGUUUUCCCUGCUUCUUGCUGACUGAGGGUGAGGAAUCCAAAGAGCACAUCUAUGGCCUCCCGUCCAAUGAGUACCCAGGCCUGGUAAAGAUAUGCUACCAUAUGGGCAGUGAGACAGACCCAGACCAGAGAGAUAAGCAGACAGACAGGUCUGAUAUUGACAUCCUCCAGCGCUACAUCUCCCGCUGUUUACCUGGCCUGGUCCCUGAACCUGCUGUGGUGGAGAGCUGCAUGUAUACGCUAACGCCUGACCGUCAUUUUGUGCUGGACUGCCAUCCCGCUUACAACAACAUUGUGAUUGGAGCAGGAUUUUCAGGUCACGGCUUCAAGUUUGGACCAAUCAUUGGCAAGCUUCUGUGUCAACUCAGCCUGGGAGAAGUGCCAUCCCGGGACCUUUCACCUUUCCGAAUAAGGCGCUUUCAGGAAGUGACCAAAUCAGCUUUAUAGAGCUGCGCUAAAUACUCAGACCAUCAUCAACGAGUCUUAUCUAAUGUAAUUGUAGUAUAAUUUGAGAUUGUCAUGGUAUCUCAAAUUACUAAAAACACAAUCACACAAUGGUUGCAUGUUUUUCAACUGCUUUAUUAUUUUAUGUGGUAAUUGUGUGUUGCAAGUUCCACAUAGUGUAAUAAGCUGUGUUGCACUCAAGUGGCAUGAAACCAUUCAGUGUGUGUACAUGGGUUAUAGUCUGCAGUAAUCUGAUUUCUUAAAGGAACAGGCAUUUUGGUGAACAGGUUAAUUCACUUUCUUGCCAAGAGUAAGAAGAUGAGAAGAAACUCAAUAUGAAGCUACAGCCAGGAGGCGAUUAGCUUAGAAUAAAGAUUGGAAGUACAGGUAAACAGCUAACUUGGCUGUGUCCAAAGUAAAAUAAAAUUUUUUUUGACUCAUUAA